ACGUUAAAUUAGAUUUGUUUUUUGUUUUAGAUAAAAAAUGGAUGCUGGUAAUAAAGAUGAACGGCCUCCAAAUCCACGAGCCACAGCAAACAUCUUUGAAAUCUUUACGUUUAGUUGGAUUUUUGACCUUUUCAAAGUUGGACGAAAGAGGAAUUUAGAAUUCAAUGAUUUAUAUGUACCUCUAAAUAAUGACAGAUCAUCGUUAUUGGGAAUCGAAUUACAGAAGAGGUGGGAAAUCGAAACGGUUAAUGCAAACAAGAAAAAUGGAGACCCUAGUUUGCUAAGGGUAUUAGUUCGAAUGUUUGGUGUUAAGCUUAUGUUAUAUGGAUUAAUACAAGCAUUUGUUGAAAUUGUGUUGAGAAUGACUCAACCCAUACUAAUUGGUGGAUUAUUAGAAUAUUUCAACCCCGAUAAAUCCAACCCCAAGGACUUGAAUCGUGCAUACUGUUAUGCCUCAGGUCUAUUAUUAAACAUGUUGGCUAAUAUAUUAUUGUUUCAUUAUUCACAAAUGCAAACGGGACAACUAGGAAUGAAGCUUCGAGUGGCCUGCUGUUCAGCAAUAUAUAAAAAGGCAUUACGAUUAAGUAAAACAUCUUUAGGUGAAACCACAGUCGGCCAAGUGGUUAACUUGUUGUCAAAUGAUGUAAAUCGGUUCGAUAUAGCAUUCAUAUUUAUUCACUUUUUAUGGAUCGGCCCCCUGCAAUCAAUUGUGGUCACAUAUUUUUUGUGGCAAGAACUUGGCGUAUCAUCUUUAGUUGGAGUGUCUAUAUUUCUUUUCUUUAUUCCACUACAAGGAUGGUUGGGAAAGAAAACUUCUGUAUAUCGGUCGAAAACAGCGCCUAGGACCGAUGAAAGAGUAAGGUUGAUGAACGAAAUAAUAUCAGGCAUACAAGUGAUAAAGAUGUACACUUGGGAGAAACCCUUUGCGGUGCUUGUACAUUUUGCAAGGAAGCUGGAACUUGAACAGAUCAGAGGGGUCUUAUACAUCAGAGUGUUUUUGCAAUCAUUUGUAAUAUUUCAUCUGAGAUUUGCGUUGUUCAUAAGUAUUUUAUCAUACAUAUUAUUAGGAAACUACAUAAAUACUCAAAAAGUUUUUGUUAUACUUUCGUACUUAAGGAUAUUGACAACAAUGACAGUAUUUUUCCCCCAAGGUAUUUUAACGUUAGCUGAGAUGCUAAUAUCCAUUAAACGCAUUCAGACAUUUCUACUACAAGACGAAAAGCACAAACAUGAUAAACCAUCGAUAUUAAAACCAGAAGCUACAUCGAAAAGUAGCAUUGAAAUGUUGAAUUUUAAUAGUGACCAUUUUGCAACAAAUAGAAACAUCAAUGAGGAAGAUGUGGGCCAAUUGAGUGAUUUUGGAAUCGACAUUUUAAACGCCUCGGCUAAAUGGUUACCUAAUCAACCCGAUUACUCUUUAAAUAACAUUAAUUUAACCGUUAGACCUGGGCGGUUGGUUGCAAUCAUUGGGCCUGUAGGAGCUGGAAAAAGUUCAUUGAUUCAUGCGAUUUUACGAGAAUUGCCACUUUGCGAAGGAAGUAUUUCCGUGCGUGGCACAGUAUCUUACGCAUCUCAAGAACCGUGGUUGUUUAACGGUUCAGUUCAACAAAAUAUACUUUUUGGUUCGCCAAUGGAUCAUAAUCGCUACAAAGAAGUUAUAAAAGUAUGCGCAUUGAAAACCGAUUUUAAACAACUUCCUUAUGGUGACAAAUCUUUAGUAGGAGAAAGAGGAGUCUCUUUAAGCGGUGGUCAACGAGCGAGAGUAAAUCUAGCAAGAGCUAUAUAUAAACAAGCCGAUAUUUAUUUAUUGGACGACCCUUUGUCAGCUGUUGACACACACGUUGGAAAACAUUUAUUUGAAAAAUGUAUUAAGGGUUACCUCAAAAAUAAAACGUGUAUUCUUAUUACUCACCAAAUACAAUACUUGUCAAGUGUUGAUCAAAUUGUUUUGAUGGAAAAUGCAAAUAUAUUAGCCGAGGGUUCGUAUCAGGACCUUCAAUCUUCUGGCUUAGACUUUACAAAAUUAUUUAAAUCAUCGGAGGAAACAACCACCGAUACUGAGAUAGAUAGCAACAAUGCAACUAAUAAAAGUUUGGAACAACCAUCUGGUUUAUCUCGACAAGAGUCACUUAAAAGUAUUUCGUCGUCUAUUGAUGAAAAUAAAUUAAACGAAACUCAAGUAGCACCCAUUGAAGUGGCUGAAAUUCGGUCUUCCGCAGUAGUUUCACGUAGUAUUUACUCGUCUUAUAUUUCUGCCGGAGGAAAUACUUUUAAAAUAUCAUUUUUAUUAUUCAUAUGUAUUUUCACUCAAAUUCUUGGUACUGGGGGAGAUUAUUGGAUAAGUUAUUGGGUUAACCUAGAAGAUCACGUUUUUCAUAAUGCGGAGAGUAAAUCUACGAAUAUUAGUAAUUUUAUGACUUACGUGGAAUCUGAUACAUCGUGGGUAAUAUCUCACCAGUUAUGUGUUAUAAUAUACUCUGUCAUAAACGUAGCUAUGUUAAUAGUUGUUUUAAUAAGAUGUGCUACAUUCGUAUCAGUUUUUAUAGGCGCAUCUAUGAAUUUACACACCAGUAUGUUCAACGCUAUAACCAGAGCCACAAUGUAUUUUUUUAAUACAAAUUCGUCCGGACGGAUUCUGAACCGUUUCACUAAAGACAUUGGUGCUAUUGAUGAAAUGAUAACAGUUCCUUCAUUGGAUUUUAUAUAUAAUACAUCGUCACUUAUUGGAAUUAUAAUUGUGGUUGGAAUAGUUAAUGUUUACCUUCUUAUACCCACAUUCUUCAUUGGAGUAUUGUUUUAUUACACAGUAAUCUAUUAUUUAUCUACAUCUCGUAGUAUCAAACGUUUGGAAGGAGCCUCACGAAGUCCCGUAUUAGGAUAUUUGAACGCGUCACUUCAAGGUUUAUCAACAAUAAGAGCAUUUGAAGCCGAGGAAGUUUUAUCUAGAGAAUUCGAUGACCAUCAAGACUUACAUACUUCGGCUUGGUAUAUUUUUAUUUCGUCCACCGAAGCUUUAGGUUUUGCGUUGGAUAUGAUCUGUCUUACAUAUAUUAGUAUCUUAACAUUAAGUUUCUUAGUUGUCAAAAAUGAUACUUUUGGGGGAGAUGUUGGACUAGUUAUAACUCAAACGAUGAGUUUAACAGGUUCACUUCAAUGGGGAAUUAGACAAUUUGCUCAAUUAGAUAAUCAGAUGACAUCUGUUGAAAGAGUACUUGAGUAUACAAAUGUUCCACAGGAAGCUGCACUUGAAUCUGCACAAGAUAAGAAACCACCAAAAGAAUGGCCAGAUAAAGGUCAAAUUGUGUUUGAGAAUUUUUAUCUACGUUAUAGCUUAGAUGGGGAUCAUGUUUUAAAAAAUCUCAAUAUUCUAAUACAGCCAAUGGAAAAAAUAGGAAUUGUUGGUCGAACUGGUGCAGGUAAAUCAUCGUUGAUAGGAGCGUUAUUUAGACUUGCUAUCAAUGAGGGAAAAAUUACCAUCGACGGUAAAGAAAUACACGAAUUAGGAUUACAUGAUUUACGUUCCAAAAUUUCAAUAAUUCCUCAAGAACCAGUUUUGUUUUCGGGAUCAAUGCGAAAAAACCUAGACCCUUUGGACGAAUACCCAGACCAUGCUCUUUGGAAUGCUUUAGAAGAAGUGGAACUUAAAACCGUCGUUGAGGAUUUACCCGACGGUCUGAACUCAAAAAUGUCUGAAGGCGGCUCUAAUUUCAGCGUUGGUCAAAGGCAAUUAGUGUGUUUGGCUAGAGCAAUUGUGCGUAGUAAUAAGCUUCUCGUGCUGGAUGAAGCUACUGCCAAUGUCGAUUCACAGACCGAUGCAUUGAUUCAAAAUACGAUUAGAAAUAAAUUUCGGUCGUGUACAGUGUUAACGAUCGCUCACCGUUUGAACACAGUUAUGGAUUCUGACAGGGUGCUUGUUAUGGACGCUGGAACAAUGGUCGAAUUCGACCACCCUUAUAACUUGUUGAAAAAUAAAGAUGGAUUUUUGUACAAGAUGGUAGAACAAACUGGAUCCGAAUCGUCUGAACUGUUACAUAAUUUAGCAGUUGAGAGCUUUAUGAACAUUGCCCACGAACACAUCGAAUCGACCACAUGAGUCAUUGAUGCUAAAGUUCAGAUGAUUUUAUACAAAAAUCACAUUAAUGACUGUCAGUUAUAUAAUUAAUUAUUGUUUCAUAUUUACUAGAUACAUUUACGGCAUCACUGACUGUUUGUUCAUACCUGACAAGACAAUAUAUUAAACUAUUUAUUUAUUUUAGUGUCUUAAUAAUACAUUUUUUUUAAACUGAAUAUGAUGUAUAGUUACUAAAAUAAAAUUGUAUUAUGAACAUCUCUGCAUAUUCUAUUCCUAUGGCUUGUUUUAAUAAUAUACGAGAUAUAUAUUAUAA